GCUUAAAAUUAUGUAAAAUAAAUUUGUAGUAUUAAAUAGUGUAAUUUUAAUUUUUAAUACAAUAUAUUUCAAGUUUAUGUCAGUUUUUUAAUCUAUGCCAUUUUUAAAGUCCGUCGAAAGAUUCUAUAAUAUUCUGACUUUCCGACUCUCCGUAUUUAUUCAAUACCUGACCAUUUUAAUAAUUUUCAUUCUUUUUUCAAAAUAUUACUAUAUCUUUUCAUAUACCCCUUGAUGUACACUUUUCACACAUUAAUUCACGUUACCCAUCGUUUAGCAAUUUUAAAGUAUUUAAUCGAUGGAGGAAAUAAGUAAUGUAGCAAGAUUAGAGCGCUUGUUCCAUGAGCGAAAGUUGGAGGAACUUGAGAAGGACGGCAAGAUUCGUAAACCGCCUCCUCAGUUAAAUGAUUUCCACACUGAAACGCCCAUAAAGCCGAACAUUUUCGACUUUAUUCCUCCCGAAAUUCCACCCGAGUUUUUCGCAAUUGAUAUUGAUCAGACUUUUUACCACCCAGAUGAGAACAUUUUUAGUAAGAAUGUUCAGGCAUUUAAAAGGGUUAAGAGUUUAGGGUUCUCUCCUUUCUUCUGCACAGGGAGGCCUUUUUCUACUUUGAGAUAUUCAUUUGGAGAUGAGUUUUUUGAGGAUACGGGAUACUCCGGGUUUCCAGGAAUAUAUCUAAACGGGACGGUGAUCUACGACAGUGCCGGAAAACUAAUAAGCCUGACGUACUUCCCGGAAGUUUUUCUCAAUGAAAUCCUAGAGUUCGCAGUCUCGAACGGCGCAGAGGAACAGUUUCUGUUCUAUGACCCUAUGGGUCAUUACUCUCUGAAGGAAGUUGAUGAGAAGAUACUUUACAUGAUCAGAACCAUCAAAGUCCCGAACCCAACCAUCACAACUGUGGAAGAGUUGUCGAAGAAGAAAAUCAUUUCAAUCGUGACAUCGUCGAGGAAAGUUAGACUCGAGAAAUCAUUCCUAGGCGUGCACUACUCGGUGAGGAAUAUGGGAUUCUCAUACCUGAUGGAGUUCUGCCCCCUUGGAGUUACAAAGGCCGACGCGAUUGUGACGUUAAUGAAACAUGAGAAGACCAGACCAGAGUCCUGUGCAUUUAUAGGAGACGGCGAUAAUGAUGUGGAAAUCAUGGAACUCGUUGACAUGUCAUUUGCAGUUGCAAACUCGACGAACUUUGUAAAAAAACACGCAAAGUGGAUUCUCCACCUCAACUACUACGACGCAGCCUUUUCUUACGUGAUGAACCUUGUGUAUAAUAUUAAUUUGAUAUAAUCUUA